AUGUAUACCAACGAGCAUCAAAAGUGCCUCCUUCAAUCGUGCAGGAAAGAACUCGAAUGUAAAAAGUUCGAACUAGUUGCUUUGAAAGCAGCUCUCUCACAAAAGAAAGAUUCUUUAUCGAGUGACAGUGACAAGGAACGCAGCCGUCUAGAUGCUCUGGAAAGAGAACUUCACAUGCAACAUGAAACUUGCCGAAAAUUGCAGAGCCAGCAGGAGGACUCUAGGGAAGAAAAUAAGAAACUGAUGCAGUCACUAGAGGAAGCGCAUGCACUCCUUGACCGGCAUGUGCAAUCUAUAAACAAGCAUUGUGAGCUUGAAGAAGUUGCUCAUUUGGAGUUGGACGAGACUAAAACAGAGUGUCGCACACUAAAGAAGUGUCUUGAUAACGAACUGCAUAAAAAGCUUAGUUUAGAAGAGACAUUACAAGCUAGAGAAACAGAAUGGAAUGAUCAGAAAAAGGCUUUGGAAAGUCGUCUUGAAAACUUGCAACGAGAGCACAAUUCCUUGUCAGAGGCUCAUAACUCUUUGGAACAACUGAACAGUAACUGGUCAGAACAUAAUAUGCAACAGAAGACCAAAAUAGAGUCAAUGCAGAAAGAACUCGACGAACUCGGUAAACGUCUGGCCCAGGAUGAAGAAAACCUUCAAGCACAGAAAGGAAUCCAAGAAGAGUUAAAGAAAACUCAUUCAGAUGAGAUUUCAUCUUUUAAAGCAAGGCUUAAACAAGUUAGGGAGGACCUUGAAAGUCAAACACACCGAGCAAAUUCUUUGCAAAGUCGAUGUACUACAAUGCAAGAGAGAGUUAGGGAAUUGGAAAACGAGAUCAUAAACAAAACAAAGGAAAAAGUUGACUGCAAAAGGGAGUUCACUGACACCACUUGUCAAACCGAAGACCGCUUUCAUGAGCUGCUGCAAGCUGAACAGAGCUUCAUAACUCAGGUGGGAAGGACCGAACUUUUGGAAAAUCAGUGCGUUGUGCUGAAAGAAAGGGUCGCUGACCUGUUUCAGAAAGUAGCUCGAAAAGAUGGAAAAGAAGUGAAAACUAAGGAAGAAAUUUCCAUUACCUUUCCGACUGAUACCAUGUCUAAGACAGAGUUGGAUGAUUUAGGCAGCGUUGAUGGUAGUGCAUCGAGUGAGACUUCGAAACCUACUGAAACGCUGAGACAGGUAGAAACAGUUCCAGACAGAAAAUCUUUGAUCGAUAAUAGCCGUGCAGAAGGGCAUAUCAACUAUGGGGCAUGUAACAGAGACGUCAUCGUAUUAAGUGAUGAGGCUAAUCUAUCAAAUGCGGGUGCGAAGAGCUGUGCAGCUGUGAAGAUAUAUCAAGAAUCUCUUGAAAGUCAACGAAAUAUAUCUGAAAACAAAUCACAGGCUACAGCUUCAAGUAUUGAUGUUGCGAAUGAGGCCUUUAUAUCAAAGGCUCUUGACUCCAGUACCACUUCCACUUUGGAACCAAGUGCAGAAUCUGAGGGCAAUCUUAAGAAUAGCAGAGAUGGUGACAAAGAUGACAUAGCUUUCCUGAGGGACAAUGAAGCUUCUCUAGCUCUGCGAGCCGCGAAAGCAGGUAGAGGAAAUGAAUCAGAGACUGAAAAUGAACAAGCAGUUGAAGAUGGAGAUGAAAUAGGUAUCUGCAAAGAGUCGAAAACAUCUGCAGAUCUCGAAGACAAAAGAUGCAAAGAGAAGGAUGGUCAGUUAGACGCAGCGAUUACUCCGUACAAAGCUAACGUUUCUGCCAAGAAAGUCCGUUUUAAUCUUGAGGAUAGCAAACCUUCCAAUGAUCAACCAUCAAAUGUUUCGGAAGAGAACAGCCAAAAGGAACCUGACAUGAUGUUUUCAGAUGACGAGGGUGGAGAUAAUAGAUGCAGCAACAUUGACGAGGAUGUUAGUCAGCGAAUAAAUCGGAUACAGAAUUUACUGAGAUGUGAUCGUUUAAGAACAAAUCGAAAAAGGAAGUACCCUGUUACUUGA